CACACAAUGAGGAGCAGAGGCUGGGGAGACGCUCCACAAACGCCGCUGUAAAUAAAUACAACAAUCACUGAGGCCAGAGAAACAUGGAGAACCAGUGCACGGUGCAGGUGAAGCUGGAGUUGGGCCACAGAGCCCAGCUGAGGAAGAAGGUGACAUCAGAAGGCUUCACCCACGACUGGAUGGUGUUUGUCCGAGGGCCAGAGACCGGUGACAUCCAGCACUUUGUAGAGAAGGUCGUGUUUCGCCUGCACGAGAGUUUCCCCAAACCCAAGAGAGUAUGCAAGGAGCCGCCGUACAAAGUGGAGGAGUCGGGCUACGCAGGCUUCCUCAUGCCUAUUGAGGUUUACUUCAAAAACAAGGAGGAGCCAAAAAAGGUGUGUUUCAACUAUGACCUAUUUCUCAACUUGGAAGGAAACCCACCCGUCAACCACCUGCGCUGUGAAAAGCUCACCUUCAACAACCCCACCAAAGAAUUCAGGAGAAAGCUGAUCAAAGCUGGAGGGGUGAUGGUGGUUCCAGAGGGGGCUGAAGCUGUGUCCCGGCCCAGUCCUGACUACCCGAUGCUGCCCACCAUCCCUCUCUCGGCCUUCUCAGACCCCAAGAAGACUAAGACCCCUCAUGUGUCAAAGGAACCCAGCAAAGAGGGGAGUGGCAGCAGCAAAGGACCCAAACCGCACAAACUGACCAAGGAGCACCGUGAACGGCCCCGAAAAGACUCAGAGAGCAAAGCCACGUCGAAAGGAGACAACGACGGGAGCAGCAAGAGUGGCCGCGACCCUUCCUCUUCCUCGUCUUCUAAAAAGCCAUCAGAUAUCAAAGUAAAAGAUGAAGUGAAGGUCCUGCCCAAGGCUGCCUUCAAAGAGCCUAAACUCACCCUGAAGGAGUCAAAGAUGGAGGGCAUGUCCCCUAAAGGAGGGGGGGCGGGGAGUGGAGGGGGUGGUGGGGGAGGAGGCGGCGGAGGAGUGUCCUCAGAGUCUAAAGCCCCGGGGAAACGACCUUCCACUGUGGAGUCUCCCAAACCCAGUGCGAAGAAGAAGAAGGGCAGCUCGGAGGGCCCGAAGGCGCCAGCGAGCGGGGCCUUCACGGGAACUUCUCCCCGAGUCUCCUCCUCGUCUGCAGCCAGUCAGCCGUACGCAGAGAAGAAACCCCCAAAGGAAAAAGGUCGCUGGGCCAAAAGCAAAAAUGACACGCAGGAACCGAAGGAGCCCAAGAAACUUCCAGAAUCUGAAGAGUCGAAUUCAGAGGACGAGGCAUCGUCGAAAUCAGAGCAGUCGGCUCCUUCCAGUGCUUCCAACUCCAGUUCGAGUUCCGACUCCAGCUCAGAUUCGGACUUUGAGCCAGGACAGAAACAAGGGCAAGGCCCACUGCGAUCGAUGGUGGAGGAGAUCCAGUCAGAGGAGUCGGAUGAUGAUGACAGCAGCUCAGAGGAAGAGACGCCCAUCAAGACCAACCCCCCCAACCGCGACUCACGACUCAGCCUGGACAGUGAGAGUGACAGCAGUGACGGCUCGCACAGCCCCGGUCGCGACUCCGCCCGGCCCCCCCAGAAACACAACUCCUCCAACAACAAAGUUUCAGGCAGAAAGAGUCCAGAUUCCUCGUUUCGUUCAGAAAAGGUGUUGAAGAAGGGAUACGACAAGGUAGGAAGGGCGUACACGGAAGAACUGGUGGACCUCCACCGCCGACUGAUGGCUUUAAGGGAGCGAAACGUCCUGCAGCAGAUUGUGAACUUGAUCGAGGAGACGGGCCACUUCAAUGUGACCAACACCACCUUUGACUUUGACCUCUUUUCACUGGACGAGUCCACCGUCCGCAAACUACAGAGCUACCUAGAGGCGACGGCCACGUGACAGGAAGUGGCGACUGGCAUGGGGAAAGCGGCAUGUGGAUGGAGGAGGCGGAGGUAGACUCUGCACCAUCUCCUCUUUUUAAGGAGAGGAGGAGCAACCACAUCACGUCGCAGUUGUUUCACAGGCCUGACUGAACCGCCGAAUAACUACCAUACAAACAGAAACACGCGAGCAAGCACACAUGAAGACACACCGCCUUCACGUGACACUGCGGGGGAAACUGAAGGAGGAGGAGCGGAGUGACUGAACUCAGUCUACAGUCAGGAUAUCCACUACACAUCUCUAUACUUCUGAGCCUGUGCGAAGCUGUGGUAUGCACCCCACACCCCCUCCUUCACCCUCCUGUACUCCCGUCUUUGCAAACCCAAUACUUCCCCUCCUCCUCUUCCUCCCCCUUCACACGCACACUCCUUACUCGGCAGAACACUUCAGUCCCCUUCCCCCUGCCGUCAGCUGGAGCUCAUUUCUCUCCCCACAUACUCUUUAAGUCAUGUGUGUGUUGACUGUGCAGUUUGUGUGCGUGUGUGCGUGUGUGUGCGUGCGUGCAUGCGAUCGCUGCUGAGGUUUAAGAGGAGAUGUUGUCUUUGUGGAACCGACUUCUCUCUUUUUGUGAAGCUCGGGCACAAACAGCCGGUUUGCCUCUUUCACACCAGGCCAAACAAACACACAUUCAGGUCAUCCUUUACUUUAAACCCCCCAAUUAGUUUCUUUAAGAUGAUGAAUAAGUACUAUAUUGUAGUUGUAACCAGAUAUAGGUACUAUAACUUCUUCUUCGUGGAGGGUUUUUUUUAAACUAAUAAUGAAUACACUUACACUAUUGAAAAAUACAAACAAUGGCCAGCUACUGUUCCUUAACAAACACUUUAAAUGCUGUUAUAUGUGCUUAUAACCGCAUUGCAUUGUUUUAUAAACCUUUUAAAUCUUUGCAGUUCUUAUAAAUCAUGAAAGGGGGGUUAAAGUAAAGGGGUACCCAGAAAUUGUGUCUCAGUUGCUAUCACUGUACACACAACACUGAGACGUGUGAGUCUGUCCUGCAUGAGGUUUCUGUGUUGUCUGAACACACGUUCUGUUGAGUUUCUCCUCUACUUCCUCGCACUGAAAGCUGAGCCUUGACCUCCUACCAAUGCCCCCCCCCCUUCCCUCUGAAGCCCCCUCAACUCAUCCCUCCUCCUCCUCCCAGUUUCUCAUAUCGGCGUGCAUGAAAGGGCUCGACUGCUCGCGGCCAGAGCAGUGGAGGAUCACUCCUGAAUUGCCUUCUAAGUGGUGGGAAGGGUGGGAAGGGGGUUUAAAAAGCCGUGAAAAAGUAGCCAUACUUGUCUCCCAGAAUCCAAAAAUAAGAAACAAUUUAAUAGGGGCCACGCUUUUUUACAUUUUAUUUUUCUACAAGUGCAUUUUGUGUAUUUAUUCCCAGACUGCGGUUAAGAUAACCUGUGAGCUAUGAAUGUAUAUCGCUUUUACUUUUCUACGGCUAGCAACAGCCCCACUCUAGUGCCUUUUUCUGCGACUUGCAGUGUGAGGGGGGGUGUGCGCUCUGUUAGCCAUGGUCACACAGAUUGAACCCCCCCCCCCCAAAUACCCCCCUCGGGGAAACAAGUGUUAGAAGGGAUGCCUGAAAAUCCAGUAUUGUCUUAACGGCUUCCAUCCCUGCUUCUCCUUUUCCAGUGUCUUUAUGGCUGUUGUUAUUUUAGCAGCGACUGCUAUCUUUCCCUGAUGGUGGCCGUGUCUUCAUGUUCCUGCUUUGUGAGAUUUAGGUUCAGUGUUUUGAAGAGGUCUGUGUGGUAGUUGAUCACAUUAAUUAGCUCUAGUAACAGUUGAUUCAGCUUUGUCGUGUGUUUUGUGGGACGGUUGUCGUUGAAUAGGGUCGGGGUUCCCUCUUCAAGCUGUUUGAAGAAUAAGUACUAAGGGUGAAGUAUUUGAUGCUGAAUGCCGGGAACUUGAAAAGCAUUCACAAAGGGUUUGUAAGAGAAAAAUAAGCUAAAGAAAACCCUCCUUGGGUUUUCUUACCCUAAAUAUCUGAAAUGCAUAUCUCAGAGGCCUGAAACAGGAAGUAAGUGUUUUAGGCUGAUAACUUUAACCAAGUCUCACAAAGCUGGCUCACUUUAACCAGGUUAGAUCACUAAACCGGUGCCGCUUCAGAGAAGUUUCACUUGAAAGGAGUACAUCAAACCCUGUAAACCAUUAGUAAUACCGAGCACAAAGCAACAUGUUUACUCAUUAGUAGACUCACUUGGCUUUAUAUGCUAGCUAAAGAACACAUUUAAGGUAUGGCUGUAGCACAAACACAAAAUAUUUUAAAUGGACGUUGAUCAUGAGUAAAGAGAAAUACUCCCUAAUGGUAUCAUAAUUUGAACAAAUCGUAUUCACACACUAAGCUUAUAGAAGGUUAUGAACUUAUGUUGAGUCAUUUAAGAACAGGAAACAUCAUUAUCACACUUAUCCCACUUUACAAAGGAAAUAAAUCUGGUGAGAUCAUCGUUUACAGAGUUCACUGGCAUGCCACUGCAAAGCUUUAGUUUAGUUGCUGUGGAUAUAUAGUUUAAUAUAUCUCGUGCACUGAUUUUAAAACAAUUCAAACUCAAUUUUGCACUGACCGGAUCCAAGUUUCAGGUAGGUAUAUGUUUAAACUCCUCAAAUAUACAGCUGAAAGCCAACUAGAGGGGUCCUUGAUUUACUUUGGCCGUAGAAUUAUGAGCAAUAAUUGAGAACUAAAACUCUCCAGCUUUUUGCAUCAGACAGUGUUACUUAUAAAUUAGUUAAUCAUCGACAAACACUGAAGCACAAAUGACCUUUAUCCAUUUCUUAUCACUCUAGAUCAUGUUAAUAAUGGAGUUGAUAAAGAAAAGAUAAUUAAGCCAAUAAAACAAUGCCCGCUAUUAGCUAUGGUCUAUUACUUGUAGUAGUUGAUUAUUGCAUUAUUUGAGCAUUAUUCUUUACUAGUAAUGUUAUAUAUGUAAAUAUUGUUACAUUUACUGUACAUUUUAAAAUCUUUUUGUAUCUUUUUUUAACUCACUGAAUAUAACUUUUUGCUACUGCACUGUCCACAUUUCCAGAAAAGAGAUAUCCACAGUUUGUUCCAUAAUAACCUCACUGACUUGUUGUUACACAUAUUGUGGGUUAAAAGAGCCAGCUUUUUGAGACCGGUUUCUAGGAUCACCAGUGUUUUUGUGAAGCCAGAAAACACCCAAAGAAAGCCAAUGAGGGGAACUUGCUUCUUGAUUCAGGCCCCUGGUGUGUUAGUUCCUGUGGCCCCUUUAGGCUUCACACACACAAGCCCACUGUGGUACAAACCGUCAAUGAGUGAUUCCCUCCCUCCCCUCCUCUGUUUUCUUCUUGCCGACAGUGUUUUUAUUCUGACGUUACUAUAGCUUUAAUACUUCUCUCUUUUUUCUGUUGCCUGCCUGGCUCAUCAACACGUACACAGUCCCUUAUGCCCUUACUGUAAACGCUGUCUGAACACGAAAACUUCUCAAAAACCGAAAAAUAACCUGGAUUCCUGCCGCCUUAUGUGCCCUGCAGUAACCCCCCUCCUGCCCUCACUUCUUCCCCGGUCCUGCUCUCCUUUUCUCUAGGUGUGCCUCUGACAACUGAACUUCCGUGAGGCCGUAAUUACUGAGAAUGAACUUUGCAACUUGUGUGAGUGCGUUUGCAUCUGAGAGUGUGUUUGUCAGCGAUGGGAGAGAUUUAAAGAAAAGCGACCUUCCUGUCCUCUCCUCUGUGCAUCGAUGUGGGAACUUUAAAGUCCUCGUUCAUGAACUCUGACCUUUGACCAGGCACUCUUUCAGUCCCCUGCGGUGGUUGAGAAGGGGAGGUUACUUGGGGACUCGAGAGAAGCCCCACUGUCUGCCCACAGUCAAUGUUUUAUUUAUGGACCUCUGCACUUUUGGCUGUGAUGACUUCAGUACUUACGUAGUUACCUGAACUGUAUUUUUAAGGAUUUUAUACAAUAUUUACAUGCAAUACGAUAUGAAUUGAUUUUUUUUUUCUUUGCCAACCAUUUUUUGUUUGUUUCUUAUUUAAUUGUCUUUAUUUUGGCAUGAUUUGUCACUAUUAUUCACAAACAAACAUGCCUGUUGGAUCUAUUUUAGGCGUGAAACAUUAUGGGGGAAGUCUCUGGUAUGUUUUUGUGUGUCAUGAUUCUGAUGACACCAACACCAAGAGGCAGGUGUAGGAAAACGUUUGCUGGAUGAGCUUAACACCUCUUCUUCCAGUAGGAAAAACUGAACCAGAAUAUGGACAAGAGAAGUAAAAACACUUUGGUUCAGGGAACUGAAGUUGUAUUUUUUCUGCCUCAUGUCCUCUCAACACAUUCAUUGUUUUUACCCAAACAGAAACUGUCACCUAAUGUAGUUAUGUUGUGAUAACUUGAAGCCUGAAGAAACACAUCAUAGGAAACAAUAGAGUUGUGAAGUGGGGGGGAGCUGUUGUGUUUCGUUCUGCCUCUCAUUUUGUCGCGCAGUGUUGCUUUGUUUUAGCAAUAAACUCUUCCGAUUCAAUCAUUUAGUCGAAAAUCAUGAACAAACCAUUUGGGACAUAUCUGGUUGAUUAACUACAACUCCCAAGGAGCAUUGAGGCAAGAAUCAUGUAAUCACCAAGUUUUUAAGUUCAACUCUGUUCACUUUUCUUUUUGUGGUCAAUAAUACAUACAUUUGGCAAAUAUUGCGUCUGCUUCUGACUGACUCCUCCAUGGCAAAGAGUGCGGGGGCUCAUGGGUGGAGUAGUAUUUAGAAACUUUCCGCCAAGCCAUAGAGACUUGUCUCAGAAACUUGUAAUGUAAUAAAGAAAUUGUAGCAAUUUGUGAUCCUAUUUUAACAUUUGUGAUCAGUACAAUAUCCGGAAGAGUUCUGUGUUUAUUUGUUGGGCAACACUGAGGAUAUAAAUAAAAGCAAAUGGGGAAGCAAAACACUUCAGGUCCCGCUCACUCAGCAACUCUGUGAAGGUCUGUGGGAGUGCGGCAUCAUUUCAGCUGAGACAAUAUUAUAUAUAAUACAUGUAUAAUACAGCGAAGGUAGAAUAUCUACUGUGUGGAUCUUUAAAGGUGGAGGAAAAAACUUUUUUUUUAUUUAGAGCAAAUUGUUGCAAAUAUGUGGAGGGGGGUGGGAGGGGGCAUGUGCAGACGGAUGUUUCCUGUGUCAGUGGUCGUCAUAAUGUGUCUGUGACAGGGGCACAGGGUUGCCUGUAUUUAUAAAGGUUUGAUUUUUUUAACUGAGGGUAAAGGAGGGAGGGGGGUGGAGUCUGAAAUGUGUUCCAUAUAUGUGGUCCAAGCAGAACAAAUGAACUGGAUGUGCAGAACAAUUUGGUAUUUUUUGAAAAUAAAGACUUGGCAUUACAAUGCCACCAUGUGGCCAUAUGAUGCAAGUUGUUAACAAGGAAAAACAUGUUAUUUUAAUGUUAUUUUUUAUUUCGAAAUCAUAUUAUUAAUAAAGUCAUUAAGUACUGUU